AUGGUCUCGAGGUUGGUGAGCUGGUCCAGGUCUUCUGUCUGCUCCAUUUCGGAGCUAUCCUGGCCCAGAAGCUGGUCGUUGAGACUGACUUUGAAGUCGUUGAGGAUCAGCGACUCGGGCUUGACAAACGACUCGGCCAUCGACCGCGACCGGCCACGGCCCUCGUUGUUGCGCAGCCGCCGCAGCCCGUUGUUCAGGUUGCCUGUGACGGACUGGCUGUACGUCUCGUAUAGCGCGCUGCGCUCCUUUUGGGUAGGCCCAGCAGCGGAGGCAGAUGCAAACAAGCACGACGGAGCGUCCACGGAGCCGAUCGAGAGCCGGUUGGACGAGAUGGACGACGCGCGCGAGAUGGACGAGAACACGCUCGAGGACGGCGACGGAGGCGAGCCCGAGGCUCUGUGCCGGUCAAACAGCUCGGGCUCCUUGCGCUUGAACAAUGACGACGGAGCCAACGAGUAUGUGAACGAGUUACAGCGCGCACAGGUUGGCGUGCUCGGCGGGACGGUCUUCGGGAGCUUCGAGCUUGGCGAGCGCCAGCAGCGUGGUGAGGUGGAAGUUGAAGCUGUUCAAGGCGAGCUUCUCCACGUCGCCGUCCACCAGCCCCACGGCCAGCUGCACGAUCUCCGCGCACAGGGCCGGCAACUGCGAGUGGCUGGUGCGCAGGUACAGGUUGAGCUUGAAGUAGUGGUAGUACGACUUGAGCUUGUCGACGGCUGUUUUGUUCUCCUUGCACACGAUCGACUCGAGGUCGUUCCAGGAGUCGAGCUGGGCGUCCAGCGCAAGCAGGUCGGCCUCGGACAGGCUCAUGAAGUUGUAUGGAACAAUAUCGAGCAGCUGAACGAGCUUGAUGGUGAUGUCGAGGUCCUUGGAGGCCAGCUGAACGCUUUCCAGUGGUCGUGGGCUGCGCAGGUCUUUUCUGACCUGGAUGUUGAAGAAGAUCUCAAACAGCUUGGUGAGCGAGUGCAGGCUCCAGUAGAGUCUGAGUCUGUGGAUUUUCUGUGUUUGGGCGAGCUCGGGCUCGAAGCUGAGCUGGUCCGAGUCGGUGUUGAGCGAGAAGACUCUACUGAGAAACACACACACGUUCAGGAUGUCUCUGAGCAGCGGCACGGGCGGCUGCUGGUCCUUUUUGAUGUGGUAGUUCUCGAACUUGAGCAGGUGGUACAUCAUGAGCAGGACGAUCUCGAACUUGUCCAGAGAUGGGUCCACGACAAAGUUGAUGUUGCGGAACAGGAAACUGAGGUUUUUGUUGUUGAUGAGCUUGAUGGCCUCCUCGAACUGGUUGGGCGACUGUUUGUUGAGCACAGACGACUGGGCGGCGGCGCGUGGUGA